AAGUCGUUAUAAUUGCGGGGAACAUGUUGUCUCCAAUCGGAUAAACCCUACUACUAACAAAAAUUGGAACCAAAACCCUAAAAAAGAUCAGAAUAUUAAUUGCGAAGGACUUGUACAAAGAAGAAGAAGCUAGUCAUGGACACAAAGAAGAAAAAGAUGAAAAGGGAACGCGAAGAAGAAGAAGCAAAAGAAACAAAAAACAACAAUCCAGAAAUGUUCGCAUCAUGCUCUUUCCUCAAUCUUGGCCUCCAUCCUACCCUCUGUGACCAGCUUCGAGAGAGAAUGGGUUUUGAAGCUCCGACAACAGUUCAAGCUCAAGCUAUUCCUGUUGUUCUCUCUGGCCGUCAUGUACUUGUUAAUGCUGCUACUGGCACAGGAAAAACUGUGGCCUAUUUAGCCCCAAUUAUCCAUCACUUGCAGAGUUACAGUCCGAGAAUCGAGCGCGCUCAUGGAACUUUUGCGUUGGUCCUUGUACCAACGCGUGAGCUGUGCUUACAGGUUUAUGAGAUUCUGCAAGGACUGUUACAUCGUUUUCAUUGGAUUGUUCCGGGUUAUAUCAUGGGUGGGGAGAGCAGGUCAAAGGAGAAAGCUAGACUGCGCAAAGGUAUAUCUAUUCUUGUUGCAACUCCUGGGCGCCUUUUAGAUCACUUAAAAAACACAUCAUCAUUCUCGCACACAAAUUUACGGUGGAUAAUCUUUGAUGAAGCAGAUAGAAUUUUGGAGCUAGGAUUUGGAAAGGAAAUAGAGGAUAUACUGGAUCUUUUGGGCUCUAGGCUAACUAGGUCUGUUGGCAAGGGAAAUCGAGAUUCAAGCAUCUCCAAUUAUCAGAGGCAAAAUCUGCUACUAUCUGCUACACUAAAUGAAAAAGUAAACCAUCUUGCUAACAUUAGUCUAGAAAAUCCAGUAAUGAUUGGUCUUGAUGACGAGAAGAUGCAACCAGAACCAUUACUUGAACAUACUAAAUCUUUAAAAUCUGAUGCUGAUGAUGAACUAGAACAUCCCAGCAAAGUACUAAAACCUUCAACUGGAGAUUUUAAAGUUCCAGUACAGUUGGUUCAGAAAUAUGUGAAAGUUCCCUGUGGUUCACGGCUUGCAACACUUCUUUCCAUUCUAAAACACCUUUUCGAGAAACGAGCUUCCCAAAAGAUUGUGGUGUUCUUUUCAACAUGUGAUGCAGUAGAUUUUCACUAUUCUUUGUUAAGUGAGUUCCGCUUCUCAUGCACUUCACAAUCAGAAGCAGAAGCUGCAGAGAUGUUCUUGAGAUGCAAAACUUUUCGAUUGCAUGGAAAUAUGAAGCAGGAAGAUCGGAGAGACACAUUCCAAGCCUUCAAAAGUGAUAAAUUGGCUCUUCUUCUGUCCACAGAUGUUGCUGCUAGAGGCUUGGAUCUUCCAAAAGUUACAUGGAUUAUACAGUAUGAUACUCCAGGAGAAGCUACUGAAUAUGUUCACAGGGUUGGUAGGACUGCACGGAUGGGUGAGAAGGGAGAUUCUUUGCUAUUUCUACAACCAGUUGAGGUGGAUUAUCUUCAAGAGCUGCAGAAACACGGUGUGUCACUGACAGAGUAUCCCAUCCUCAAAAUGUUGGAUAGUUUUUCCUUUUAUGAGCAAAUGCACCGUAACAAGAAGUUUGUUUCUUUGGAAUCGCAUCCUUGGCUGUUAUCUCUGCAGAAGGCUCUUGAAUCAUUUAUUGCAGCACAGCCUAAGAUGAAUAAACUGGCCCAGAAUGCAUUUCUCUCUUGGGUCCGUGCAUACACCGCCCACCGGGGAGAGCUGAAAAGAAUUUUUAUGGUGCAGAAACUUCACUUGGGGCAUGUUGCCAAAAGCUUUGCCUUGAAGCAGCAACCAUCUGUAGUUGGUAAAGCAUUCCAGAAACAAUCGAAGAAGAGGAAGAGGGAACAGAAGCCAAAGGGCCUGUCGAAAAGGAGGAAGAUCACCAAUAAAAGAUGAAUGCAAAAUGUGAAGAAACUAAUGUUUGGAUGUGGCAGUUCGAUAGUCAGAUGCUGAUUUUGGUGCAAACUAGAUGAAACAAUGGAAGAGGACAAUUGUACAGCAUCCUUUUUGGUUCCUUUGCAGCGGACCACUUUUAAAUCUUAUGGAUAGAGGCCAUUGUUGAUCAUUUUUUACUCCACACAUAUAAGACAAAUAAUUAGUUGUUAAUUGAGAUCAUGUAUUUAAGUAAUUAUAGUUUAAUACAUACAGAUUACUAUUGUAUUCUUCUAAUUUCAAACAGCUACAAUGAUAUCAAUUUUGUCUGAGCAAACACAAGAUUUCUCGAA